GAUUCACCUUAUAAUUCAAUAACGCAAUUCCGAUUGCGGUGUCUUGUUAUCUCUAACGUGUGUGCUAGUAUGCAAGGCAACAUGGAGGCUCUGGUCGAUGCCCGCUCUCGUGUUCCGCUUUAUUUGCGGGACACGACAUUUAUCCUCUCUCUGAUUUGCGUUUCUACACGCAUCCUUUAUCAUUAUACUUGCUUGUCCGGAUUUCUGUUUCCCUUGCAGGUGUAUGGUAUUCGUUGUGCCCGAUGCACACGUUGGCGCGUGAUUUACUUUCAUCGCGCCGACUCUUGAUUGCUUAUGCGGAGUUUAAUCGGAGUGCUGACAUGUUUGCGGUUGCUUUUGCUAGCUCGCUCGCGGGAUCCUAGUUUACUCGCUCUCUUCGCUUUAGUUUACGGAUCAUCAUCCGUUUGGGAUAUUCAGGAGUUCACUCGAGCUAAAGAUGGACACUCCCAUUGAUACUGUCAAGGAGGCAAAGAGACAUACGCACACCUACAGCUUUUUUCGAGAGCCGUUGACCGCCUUAGAGGGUUUGAGUUCGUUAAUGACCGCUUUUUGCUUGAAGAGUUUCACGGAUAAUUAUGGGAAUAUGUUGACUUUGUUGGAAACCGUGGUUGAGACGCCUGUUUUGCAAACUUUGAUGCAAUUCUAUGAUCCCGAAAUGAGGUGUUUCACGUUCCAGGAUUACCAGUUGGCUCCGACAUUGGAAGAAUACUCUAUCAUUCUUAAUCUCAAGGUAAAAGGCGAAGUGCCAUUCAUCGACGUUCCAAAAGAAGUGAAUUUCAAGUUGAUCACUGCUGCUCUUUAUUUGAGCAUAAAAGAAGUAUCUGAUAAUUGGAAGUCGAAUGGAGGUGUCUCGGGGUUCUCUUUGAAGUUCUUGGUGAGAAAAGCUAAAGAGGAAUUUGAGAAAAAGAAUUGGAACGCGUACAAUGCAUUGCUUGCUGUGGCUAUUUACGGGAUUGUGAUGUUCCCGAAUGUUCCCAAUUUUGUAGACUCGGCCGCGGUACACAUCUUCAUGGGAAAGAAUCCUAUUCCUACUUUGUUGGCUGAUACUUACUAUGCCGUUCAUUCCCGAUAUGAGAAACGUGGCGGUGCUAUCACUUGUUGCCUUCAAUUGUUGUUCAUCUGGUUCCUCUCUUUGUUGCCCAGCAAAGGACCUUUUGUGAAGACAAGGGAGACACUUAAGUGGACCCACAGGAUUAUGUCACUUACCUCUUAUGACAUCCAGUGGCCAAAGUAUCGAAUUAACGUUUCUGAAGUGAUUGUUGGAUGCGGUAAGUUUGAUAAUGUUCCUUUGGUUGGUACCAGAGGUUGCAUCAAUUACAAUCCCGUGGUAUCCUUGCGUCAGUUGGGGUAUACGUUGAAAGACAAGCCGGCAGAUCACUUGAUAGCGGAGACAGUCUAUUUUGAGAAGGGGUCGGAUCCAGAAAAGUUGAAGGAGAUAAUUGUGGCUUGGAAGAAGAUCCGUAAGCAUAAUGGAGCCCAUUUAGGGAAGAAGGAAUCACUUGCUUUGACACCGUAUGUUGAAUGGAUUGUGAAACGGGUUGGAAACUUGUUGCUGCCAUAUGACAGGGUUGCACCACUUCAAAAGCAACCUCCUUUGAUUCUAUCUGAAUUUGUGCCAACAGAACUUUACAAGGAUGCUCUGGUUACCAACUACAGGUUGCAUGAAAGAGAGCAAGAGACCAAUUUGAAGUUCUUUGAAGAGAGAGAUGCAAAGAUGAGGUUGAUGCACCAGCUCAAGCAAGUCGAAGGCGCAAGUUCAAGUCAAGCCAGUGCCCGGAGGCGUCCCUAUGAGUUGCUAGAGGAAGAUUUGUAUCAGAAGCAGUAAGAGUGUCUACAGUUACAGAGAUCAGAGAGUAGUCUCAAGAGGCAGAAACGGGAUUCAGAUAAACAGCUAGCAGAAGAGAAGGCUAAGACUGCUCGGCUUGAAGAAGAACUAAGAAGACUCCGAGCCCAACGGAGAGGAGAUGGAGAAGUUCAUUCUGUUGCCAGGCGAUCCUAGUAUCACUGUGGGGUAGAUUUGUUUGAUCCAUGAUGGUGGAUUUGAUGUUUAUGCUUGAUAUUUGUCGCCCAUGUCCAGGAUUGUUGGAUGGGGUCGCAUUUUGUUAUGCUGGAUUUCUUUUGUAUACCUUAAGAGCACUUUGUGAUGCGGUUAUGUGUCUGUUUGUAUGAACUCAAAUUUGCAAUUAUGUUUGAAUGAAGUAUGCUCAGUUUGCUAAAUUAUUCUCGUGUAUGGAUUGUUAU